ACAAUGUGUUAAUUUUGGAACUUUAAAUUGCAGGUCUCGGCAGGUUAUGGCUUUACACAUGUAAGCUUUAGUUAAAAAUCUGAUCCCUCGUAUGCCAAAACAUCAGUUGGGUAAAAUCAUUCGAGAGAUCAAAACAAGAACGAGCCAGAUACAGUUUGUGAUCAGAUUCAAUGGCAUAUUCUUCUUCCGGAGCUUCUCAAAUAAAAUAUGUUGUUCUUCUUCUUUGUGAUCUCAUGCUUAUCUCGGGAUUGACGGGUGAAAUAUCAGAUAAUAGUCCUCAAAUAAAGUAUGAUGUUUUUGUUAGCUUCAGGGGGGAGGACAUCCGUCACGGUUUUCUUGGUUAUUUGACUGAGGCUUUUCAUCAAAAGCAGAUACAUGCCUUCAUAGAUGAUAAACUUGAGAAGGGAGAUGAAAUAUGGCCAUCACUUGUUGGAGCAAUUCAAGGAUCAUUGAUUUCCUUGACCAUAUUCUCUGGAAACUACUCCUCUUCGCGUUGGUGUCUAGAAGAACUUGUGAAAAUAAUUGAGUGCAGGGAGACAUAUGGACAAACUGUGAUACCUGUUUUCUACCAUGUAAAUCCCACAGAUGUACGACAUCAAAAGGGGAGUUAUGAAAAAGCUCUUGCUGAACAUGAAAAGAAAUAUAAUUUGACAACAGUGCAAAACUGGAGACAUGCUUUGAAGAAAGCUGCUGAUUUAUCAGGAAUAAAGUCUUUUGAUUACAAGAAUGAAGUUGAGCUGCUUGGAGAAAUCAUCAACACGGUCAAUCUUAAGUUAAUGAGGUUGGAUAAGAAUCCACUUAGCUUAAAAGGACUUGUUGGAAUUGACAGAUCAAUUCAAUAUGUAGAGUCAAUGCUACAACAUGAGUCAAGCAACGUCCGUGUUAUUGGAAUUUGGGGUAUGGGUGGUAUUGGAAAGACAACCAUUGCACAAGAAAUUUUAAACAAACUUUGUUCUGGAUAUGACAGUUAUUGUGUUUUUGUAAAUGUAAAGGAAGAAAUAAGAAGACAUGGAAUAAUUACCUUGAAGGAAAUUUUUUUUUCUACACUACUACAAGAAAAUGUGAAAAUGAUCACAGCAAAUGGAUUGCCAAAUUAUAUCAAGAAAAAGAUUGGUGGCAUGAAGGUUUUAAUUGUUCUAGAUGAUGUAAAUGAUUCAGAUCUACUAGAAAAAUUGUUCGGAAACCAUGAUUGGUUUGGACCAGGUAGUAGAAUCAUUUUAACAACUAGAGACAAGCAAGUGCUUAUUGCUAAUAAAGUGCAUGUUGAUGAUAUAUACCAAGUUGGGGUAUUGAACCCUAGUGAAGCACUUGAACUUUUCAUCUUACAUGCCUUUAACCAAAAGCUUUUUGAUAUGGAGUAUUAUAAAUUAUCAAAGAGAGUGGUGUGUUAUGCCCAAGGUAUUCCAUUAGUUCUUAAAGUUUUGGGUGGUCUUCUUUGUGGAAAAGAUAAAGAAGUGUGGGAAAGUCAGCUAGACAAACUCAAAAACAUGCCGAACACAGAUGUUUACAAUGCAAUGAGAUUGAGUUAUGAUGAUCUAGAUCGCAAAGAACAAAAGAUUUUCUUAGAUCUUGCAUGUUUCUUCAUAGGAUUGGAUGUGAAAGUGGACCUCAUAAAAGUUUUAUUGAAAGAUAAUGAAAGAGAUAAUUCAGUGGUUGUUGGAUUAGAAAGGUUGAAAGAUAAAUCUCUCAUAACCAUUUCUAAAUAUAAUAUUGUGUAUAUGCAUGAUAUCAUACAAGAAAUGGGUUGGGAGAUUGUUCGCCAAGAAUCUAUUGAAGACCCUGGCAGUCGCAGCCGAUUAUGGGAUGCCGAUGACAUUUAUGAAGUAUUAAAAAAUAAUAAGGGAACUGAGUCCAUAAGAAGCAUAAGAGCAGACUUGUCAGUAAUUAGGGAGCUGAAGUUAAGCCCUGACACAUUUACUAAGAUGAGUAAACUACAAUUUUUGCAUUUUCCUCAUCAAGGUUGCGUUGAUUAUUUUCCUCAUCAAAGUAGCGUUGAUCAUUUUCCUCACAGACUUCAAUCUUUUUCAGUUGAGCUAAGGUAUAUUGUUUGGAGGCAUUUCCCUCUAAAAUCCUUGCCAGAGAACUUUUCUGCCAAAAACCUUGUUCUCUUGGACUUGUCAUAUAGCCGGGUGGAAAAACUUUGGGAUGGAAUACAGAAUUUGAAGAAUUUAAAAGAAGUUAAAGUCUCUGGUUCUAAAAACUUGAAGGAGCUUCCAAACCUUUCAGAAGCCACAAAUCUUGAAGUAUUGGAUAUCAGUGCUUGUCCUCAGUUGGCUAGUGUGAUUCCUUCCAUUUUCUCUCUCACCAAGCUCAAGAUAAUGAAGCUAAAUUAUCGCUCCUUUACCCAAAUGAUAAUCGAUAACCAUACAAGCUCCAUUAGUUUUUUCACCCUUCAAGGGUCUACAAAACAUAAAUUAAUUUCACUGAGAUCAGAGAAUAUCACUGUUGGACCUUUUGGAUGCAUUUGUUACAAAGAAAAACCCUCGUCUUUUGUAUGUCAAAGCAAGCUCGAAAUGUUUAGGAUAACCGAAAGUGACAUGGGGUACUUGCCUUCAAGCUUCAUGAAUCUUAGAAGACAGCGAUAUCUGAGAGUUCUAGAUCCGAGGGAGCUUCUCAUGAUAGAAAGUGGCUCUGUAGAUGUCAUAGAUUGCAAAUCAUUGAAGCACGUAUUGGUUCUUGCUGAACAAUUCAAGUAUAUCAGCAGUGGCGUUGGCAUUCAGAAUUACCAAGGAUUGGUCGAAGAAUCGGUGGUGGUGGCAUUAGAUGCAAUUUCAUCAACUGUUGAAACUGUGGUUGACCAUUCAGAGCUUAUAGAUGACAAGAGGUAUAUUAGUAUUGAUGAAAGAAAAUUGAAGCCAGUGAAGAGAAUUGAUGAAUAUUUAAUGAAGUACCACAUGAAUAUAUUUCUGGAUUUGGCCAAUAGAGAUGAAUUAAUUGUUACAAACAGGAAGCCUGUACACGCCCAUUGUCGUGCAAUUGACAAUGAUGAUUCUGUAACAAAUUAAGAAGAGAGAAGGUACAAGUGUCCAAGGCAGGUAAACACUAACUUUUAGUUUUAGGUUUGAUUCGUUCCAUAUGGUUUGCACAUCCAUAAUCAAGUGUAUCCUCAAUGACUGUUUACAGAAUAAUAGUUGUUUUGUGCAAUCAGAAACUCAUAAUUUAAUAAAAUGUAGUCUUGUAGAAACUAUACUUUUGCAAGACUUAUUAUUAGCCUAUUUUACUUAUUCCUUCAACAGUGUAAUUUUCAUUGAGAUUAGUGCUUGCAGUUGCUGGACUGGCUCUUUUAGGUUGGAGCUAUAGUGGUUGGUAUAAAUCUUCUGUUUUCUUCUGAAUCUAAUUCAUGUUGCUUUCUACCUGUGUCUCCAAAUUCUUAGUGAUUUCAAAUUUGUUUACUCUUAAGAUUUUAGAAGCAGGAAAAACCAACUUUGUCAGCAAUGUUGUUGUAAGUUUUCUGAAUAUUCUCUGUUGUACAAAGACUUGUUCCUUUACAAAUUUGUGACUGAUGUAUAAUGUUUCAUUGGUGAUAUAGGAGGGACAAAGUUUGAGAGUGCUUUGUCCUAAAUAUUUUUCUUGUUUUAGUUAUAUCUCAAAUUUAAUUUUAAUUCAAGGA